AUGAACGGAACCAGCCAGAUGGAUGGAACGAGCUAUGUCAGCCAGUGUGCAGUUCCUCCCGGAUCAAGCUUUGUGUACAACUUCAAAGCAGACCAAGCCGGGACAUACUGGUAUCAUUCUCAUGAGAAGUCGCAGUACCCCGAUGGUCUCCGAGGCAUGAUGGUUAUCAGUGAUCCGGAGGAUCCGUACAAAGCGCAGUACGAUCAAGAGAUUGUCAUCUCAAUCUCUGAUUGGUACCAUGGUCAGAUGCCAGAUCUGCUGUUGAAGUUCGACCAGCCUGAUAACAGGAUGAGAGAUAUCACGCCAGACUCGAACCUUAUCAACGACACGGUUGGAGCCAAGUUUGAGGUCGUGCCGGAGCGAACAUAUCUCGUUCGCCUUGCCAACAUCGGUGGUUUCGUUGGUCAGUACUUCUGGAUUCAGAACCAUGCUAUGACUCUUCUUGCUGAAGACGAAGCUAAGGAGGACGCCACUGCGAAUUUCCCAAUAGUGUCACGAAUGGACACAGGAUCAUUCUCCAGCCAUGUUCCGUGGCCAAAGAAUCUGGAUGCUGUGGCCUGGCUAACAUACGAUACGGAGGCCGACUUUCCAGACCCGGAUGUCUUGGAGGACAAGGAAUCUGCUUAUGCUCUGGAUGACAUGGCACUCGAGCCCUUGGACAAGCAGCCUCUGCUUGAGCCCGUCGAUCGUACACUUGCCAUCGACAUCGACAUGAAAACACAAGAAGACGGGAUCAUACAUUGGCUGUUCAACACGAUCAGCUACAGAACGCCAACACUGCCCUCCCUGUUCGCAGCUCUGGCAACAGGACCGGAGGCUACAGACCCCAAGAGCUUUGAGCGGUCGACUCAAACUUUUGUGAUGGAGCAUGGGCAAAUCAUCGAAGUCACAAUGAACAACAAGCAUAUGUGGAAGCACCCGCUCCACCUCCACGGACAUAAUUUCCAAGUCACGAAACGAACGAAAGGCUUGGUUGAGACCACACCGGAGGGACGUGCGCCGAUGAGGCGGGACACCAUCAAUGUCAAUGGUCAUGGUUGGGUGGCGUUCAGGUUCCGAGCUGAUAAUCCUGGUGUUUGGCUGCUUCAUUGCCAUAUGGAAUGGCACGCACAUUCCGGGUUGAAGGCCACAUUUGUCGAGGCGCCUUUGCAAUUGCAGCAGCGGUUGCGACUUAGCAAUGUUUCGGCGACUUUAGAUCCUAGUAAAGCUUGUGAUCCUGGUCGGGUGCAGGUGAUUUCGUCUAUUGAGGAGUCCGUUGGCGUGUUUGACGGCACUGAUGGACUCACGCGCCAUGCGUAUCUACAUCCGACCCCUCUGCUUAUUGCAGUCAUUGCACUUAUUUGCAGCCUCGGCUUGAUAUGUGCUUAUCUCUGGCGAAGGAGUGCUGGCACACAAGAAGGCAUCUACUCGCGCGUACCGAUGGUUGACAUUGAGGAGAACGACAAGCCGAAUGCAGCGGAACCACCUUGA